UUGCGCCGACUGCGACGCCGACCGCGGCCCGUUUGAUAAAUGCAAAGAAAUUCCCAUGCGGCCGUUUAGUACAUUUUCUACAGUUUAUUUUGUGUGCCGCCUACUGUUACAUUUCCUUGGCUACCGCUGCUGCUGCCACUGUUACUCCAACUGCUGCAGCGGCCAUGUAGCAGCUACAGUGGACCAUCCAUUUACUUGGACUCUGCUGUCGCCGCCGCCGUCGACAUCUCCUUGUCGGCGUCGUUUGCUGUGAUAAGCUCAGCUGCAGAAGUGGACGCUGCCAACAGAGAAAGAGCUGCCGUCGCUAAAUGUCUGACGAAGUGCCUUUGGGACGUUUAUCGCAAAUUUUUGAUACACUUACCAAUUUACAACAACAACAACUCCAACAACAACAACAACAGCAGCAACAACAACAACAGCAGCAGCAGCAGCAGCAGCUGCAGCUGCAGCAUCAGGCGACGGCAGCGGAGCAGCGUCGACGUUCGGCCUCCUCAUCGCCGUCACCGUCAGCGAGUGCCUCGGCGUCGACUUCGGGCCGUGCCACGCCUGCCGCAGCGCUGGGCGUGGCCGCCACUCAGACGCUCUAUUAUACGCACACGCACAACUACUUUCUGCGACCGCAAGAUGGCGCUAGCUACCUGCACACGUUCCCGGCCUCGGCCGCCGCGCAACAUUCCUCACACUACUAUCAGCAGCAGCAGCAGCAGCAUCAACAUCAGCUGCAACUGCAGCAUCAGCUGCAGCAGCCACCUUCAUUGCCCACCCAUCUGCCCGGGCGGCUGUCGGGCUCCGGCUCUGGUUCGGCGCCCGGUUCCGGCUCCGGCUCUGGGUCACAGUCGCUGCACGGCUCGCCACUGCUGGCCAAGCGCGCCACCUCGUUUAGCGGACAGAUGCCGUUGACGCGCGCCGCCCAGCUGCAUGAGGCACGCCUGGUGGCCGCCUCGACGCCCAACAGUCCGCGUCUGAUGCCGCGGCGUGUGCCACGCCCGCCGCCCAUACCGGCCAAGCCGGCCAAGGAGCUGCAGCCGAACACAGCAGCAGCCCCGGUGAAUCCCGUGCUUGCCGCCCUCGAUGCACCCGACGCACCCUGGCCACAUUUCUCCACGCUAACCGAACAUCUGAACGUGCAUCAGCUGAACAACUAUGGACAGGCAUUGCCCGAGAUCAAUUGGCAGGAGCGCUGCUUGGAGCUGCAGUUGGAGCUGCAUCGCUCCAAGAACCAAGCGGGCCGCAUUCGUGAUAUGCUGCGCGAAAAGUUAACGGAACUCGAACAACGCGUCAUCGAAGCGGAAGAACGCGCCGAGGAAGCUGAAGAUAAGGUGCGUGCUAUGGAGCAGCGGCUCAGUGAAUGGCCAAAGCCACCAGCACAACAACAACAACAGCAACAGCUACAACAACAACAACAACACUCUCAGCAGGGCACAGCGACCAGCUCGCCCGUACACCAACAACAGCAACAGGCAAUCGCCGCUGCAGCUUUGGCUGCUGCCUGCCAGCAGAGUGUCUUGGCCAGCAGCACAGCCGGCCCAGCGAGCUUAGGCGUGGGAGUCUGUCUGCCCAACAACGAGGCGGAGAAAACAAUUAACUCAUUGGAGAUUCAAGUAGAGGAGCAACGGCAGCUGCGGCUGCAUGACGCACGCCAGAUCGAGGCAAAGGCCGCCAAGAUCAAGGAGUGGGUGAACAAUAAGCUGCGAGAUCUCGAGGAGCAGAAUCAGUUGCUGCGUGAACAGAAUAUCAAGUGUAAUCAGCAGCUGGAGUUGCUCAAGAAUCACAUUGCCAACCAAUCGCAGCGGCACAGCAUUGUGGGACCUGUGCGGAAUAGCCUGAGCUUGGAUGUGCAGGACUUUGCCAGUACGCCAGAGACGCGACGACGCAGUGAGAGCCUUGAUCCGCAGGAGAUCAUUAGCCGGCCAUUGACCAGCUCCUAUCCGCAUCAUCAGCAUCGACGCAAUCUAUCCAUGGAGCCGCAGGAGCUGGAGCGCAAUCUGGUGGCGGCCGUUGAUGGGCUUACCCUGGCGCCGCUCUCCAGUAUCUCCAGCAAGGCCGCGCAGUCCGCUGCGGUGGCAAGCACCCGACCAGAUAGCUCUGAUACGGACACGGCGCACGACUAUGCGGAAAUCUAUACGCCCUCAUGCGAGAAGCUGCCCGCCUGGAUGAAAAACAAUCCGGCGCUAAUGGCCAGCGGCGGCAAUUCGAGCACAACAACGACCACAACCAGCGAACUGGGCGUGCCAAGGCCGCCGACGCCGCCGCUGCAUCGCUUUCCCAGCUGGGAGGCCAAGAUCUAUCAGGUAGCCAACGAUGGACUUGCCGGCACCGGCACCGGCACCAGCACCGCGGAGAGCACCGCCAGUAAUGAGCCAAUUCCGGAUGUGCAACAGGAGCACAGCCUGACUCUACCGAAUGGACGAACCAGGCAUGGCCAUGAUGCAAAUGGCACGCUGGGCAGCAGCGGCACACCGGGUACACCCCAGCCGCCGACGCGACAGCAACAAACCGCCAGCGGCGGCUUCUGUGAUAUAUCCGUGCCCGUUUAUGCCACGGUUAAGGGGCGUGCCUCUCAAAUACGCUCGAUGCCCUUCACGGGCGACUCCAGUGACGAUUCCAGCGACGGCGAGGAUCAUGCCGUCAUGCUUACACACAAUUCGCACAACUCAUCCAGCACGGACAACACGGAGACCUCCACAUCUGGCAGCGCCUCCAGCCCCUCAAAGAGUCUAAAGACAUCCUCUAGCCUCAGCCCAGCCAAACGCAGCGGCUCCGAGAGCCCCAAAAAUGCCAAGGCCCGUGGCCUCUCCGAUGACUAUGCCCUGCCCCCGGAUGCCGUCUCGGAAUCAACAUGCAUGGACGCCUCGAUGCCAUCGCUAUUGAUGCGCCAAUCCUACGUGGACUCGCCCAGCAAGAAGCUUGAAUCUCUGGAGAAGAUGGGUCACCUGGCCAAGCUGGGCGGCAAACUGAAGACCUGGCGCAAACGCUGGUUCGUCCUGAAGAAUGGCACCCUCAACUAUUGGAAGAGUCAGCACGAUGUACAGCGCAAGCCGCAGGGCCAAAUACAGCUGGACGAGGCCUGUCGCAUUAGCCGGGCGGAGGGCGCCUCCACCUUUGAGAUCGAUACGGGCAAGAAGGUCUAUUACCUGACCGCCGAUUCGCAUGCCACCAUGGACGACUGGAUUCGCGUCCUGCAGAAUGUGCAGCGUCGCAAUGCGACCAAGUUGCUGCUCAGCCGGGAUGACCAGAAGCCGACAGUCCAGGGCUGGGUGACCAAGGUGAAGAACGGACAUGCUAAGAAGUGCUGGUGUGUCCUACUUGGCAAGAUGUUCCUCUACUUCAAGGCGCCCGCCGAGACGAAUCCGCUGGGUCAGAUCAAUAUGCGUGAUGCGCGCGUUGAAGAAGUUGAGCAUGUUUCCGAUUCCGACUCGGAGGAGCGCGAGGAUGCGGCACAGGAUCAGGCGCGUCUCACUGUCGCCAUCUACCCGGCGCAUCAGGGUCCCACGUAUCUGAUUUUAUCCGGCAAGCCGGAGCGCGACAAUUGGCUGUAUCAUCUGACCGUCGUCUCGGGCGGCGGACCCAGUGCGGGUACACAGUACGAGCAGCUGGUCCAAAAGCUCAUGGAAACCGAUGGAGAUCCGAACUGUGUGCUCUGGCGCCAUCCCAUACUGCUGCACACCAAAGAUACGAUCACAGCUCCACUCUCCUCCAUGCACACGGAGACCAUGCAACCGGAGGCCAUAAAGCUAUUCAAGAGCAUUCAGCUGUUCAUGUCGGUGGCCGUCAAUCAGCCCGGCAUCGAUUAUCAUGUGGUGCUCGCCCAGAACGCCCUGCAGCAUUGCCUGGACAUGCCGGAGCUACAGACCGAAAUGAUCUGCAUUUUGAUCAAGCAAACCUCCCGACAUAUGGGCCAGAAACUAAGUGUCGGUGUCCAGGUAAACAAGAAACUGGGCAAGCAAACGCGCCAACUACUAUUGUGCGCCACCCAAAGCCUGUUCACCUGUGAUACCCAACAGGCAGGCCAAGCUCAAGCCAACGGCAGUUCGCCCACAUCAAUACAGGCGCCCGUCUCCACGCCCAUUAUCGACUGCAAGUCAAAUCCGCCCGCGUACAGCUUUGUUCAGGGCUGGCAAUUACUCGCUCUGGCCGUCUCAUUGUUUGUGCCCAAAUCCAGUCGCCUGCUCUGGUAUCUCAAGCUGCAUUUGUCUCGCAAUGCGGACACCAAAACGGAGACGGGCAAAUAUGCCGCCUACUGUGAGCGGGCACUGGAGCGCACCUUGAAGAACGGAGGGCGCGAGACGAAGCCAUCCCGCAUGGAGGUCCUUUCCAUACUGCUGAAGAAUCCAUAUCAUCACUCCCUGCCGCAUGCCAUACCCGUACACAUGAUGAACACCACGUAUCAGGUGGUUUCCUUCGAUGGCUCCACCACCAUCGAGGAGUUCCAAACAACACUGGCCCAGGAGCUGGGCACCCGCGAUGCCAACAACGGUUUUUGCCUGUUUAGCGAUGAUCCCAUUGAAAAGGAUCUGGAGCACUAUCUGGAGCCACUGGCCAAGCUGUGCGAUGUGAUCAGCAAGUGGGAGACGGCGCUGCGCGAGAAAGGCUCCGGCAAGUUCGAGAACUCGCGCGUCAUUCAGCUGAGCUACAAGAACAGACUCUACUGGAAGCACACCAUCAAGUGCGAGACUGACAAGGAGCGCCUGCUGCUGUGCUACCAGACCAAUGCCCAGAUUGUGCAGGGCCGCUUUCCGCUCUCACGCGAGCUGGCCCUGGAGCUGGCCUCGCUGAUGUCGCAGAUCGACAUGGGUGACUACACGCACGAGAAGUCACGCGAUGCCGGGCUCAAGGCGCUGGACAAGUUCUAUCCGUAUCGGUAUCGGGAUGCCCUUGGCGCCGAGCAGCUAAAGGAUGUGCAGGAACUGCUCAUAUCCAAGUGGACGCUGCUCAAGGGACGCUCCACGCUCGACUGCGUGCGCAUCUAUCUGACCUGCUGCCGCAAAUGGCCCUACUUCGGCGCCUGCCUAUUCCAAGCCAAGCCGCGCCAGUGCGAGCCGCAUGCGGCCACCGGCUCGCCCGUCGCCUGGCUGGCCGUUGCCGAGGAUGCACUCAAUGUGCUCGAGCUGUCCACGAUGGCACCUGUCGCGCGUUAUCCGUACAGCACCGUGAUGACCUUCGGCGGCUGCCAGGAUGACUUCAUGCUAGUCGUCUCACACGAUGACGGCACCCUUGCGGGCGGCUGCGAGCAGAAGCUGCUCUUUGCCAUGAGCAAACCGAAGAUAUUGGAGAUCACGCUGCUCAUCGCUGACUACAUGAAUGCUCUGGGGCACACGGUGCCCGGCACGCCGCAAAUGAAUUCGCUCACCCGCAACGGCUCGCAUCGUUCGCUACGCACCUCCCAGCGACCUGGUGCUGGUCCUGGUGGCUGUCCUGUUGGUGCUGGUGUAGUUGGCCUCACUGCUGUCGGUGCUGCCGGCAGUAUAACGGGCUUCUCCACAAAUGCAACCACAACGGCCCACAACACGCUCAACUCGCAUGCCACCCACACGCUCAACUCAACUCACUCGCACACGCUGAGCAGUUCGCAUCACGCCGGCGGCGGAUCCGCUGGUGCCGCUGGUAGUGUAGGUGGUGUAGGUGCCGGUAGCGGAAGCCAUCAGGGCACGCUCAACUCGCAGACGGGUGGCCAUCAUCAUCAUCAUCAUCAUCAUCCGCAUCAGCCGGAUAUACUGAAGAGCACGCCCGACCAUCAGCGAAUCAAGUGAGCUGUUAGCAGGAUCAGGCCGUGCACAGGAAUGUACACGUAAACACACACGCAUGCAUAUGUAUAUGAGAGCCAUGCGUGUAGAGGAGCACUUAGAACGCAUUGCGUAGUCUUAGCAACGCCGUCAUCUAUGCCGGGCUCUUGCACUUUACGCGCUACUCUUCACUAAACAACAACGUUCUUUCCUAAGCUAAGCUAUUAACGGUACUCGUACUCUAAAGCCCAUAUAAGCAUACCUAUAUAUGCGUAUAUUGUAAACAGAUUUUUUUUGAAUAGCUAUAAGCCGUACCCCGCGAUAGGUACAUAUCACAUAUAUUCUAUAUAUUAUUCAAUGUGUGUGUGUAUA